AUGUCCUCCUCUCGUGAUAAUUUACCACCACUGAUGAAUAUUCUUACCAUUGGCAAUGGAACCACACCAGAGCAUGCUAGAGCUUCUACAGAAAAGUCUCCUCGACAUUUGUAUCCUUCUACCCCUACAAGCUCUCUCCCACAAAACUCUGAGGACUCGAUUCCACCAAAAGAGAUAGACUCCCAACCUCAACAGGAAGCAUAUUCUGUUUUCGCCAAAAGGGAAAAGCAUAUAGCGGUUUUUCUUAUUACAUUCGCUGCGACCUUCUCUCCCUUAUCCUCGUUCAUAUUCUUUCCUGCCAUAAACGCCCUCUCUGUGUCCCUCAACGUGUCAGUGGAAAAGAUAAACCUCACCGUCACGUCCUACAUGAUAGUUGCUGGACUCGCGCCAGCAAUCGUUGGUGAUAUGGCGGAUAUGACUGGAUUGGCGGUGCAGAAUAGUUGGAUAGCGCUUUUCCUGUUGAGGAUGAUGCAGAGUGCUGGCGGUGCUGCAACUAUUGCGAUGGGGUACGGGGUCAUCUCUGACAUUGCUCCACCGUCCGAACGUGGCGGCUAUGUUGGCGUGGUACUGUUAGGUCCCAAUAUUGCAACUGCAAUUGGUCCAAUUCUCGGGGGAGCCUUGAGUCAAGCUCCUGGGUGGCGCUGGAUAUUCUGGAUCCCCGCUAUAGCUUCAGGGAUCUGUCUCUUGCUUAUCUCUCUUUUCCUACCUGAGACAUCCCGUUGCAUUGUCGGGAAUGGUUCACGAAAGGUUUCAGCGCUCUAUCGCCCAAUUUUCAGCUACCACCAGUCGAGAAAUUCCAGCACCAUGUCAGCCCUUAACGAGGAAGAGAUCACCCCGCGGAAUUUCCGGAUUCCCAACCCUCUAGCGACUCUGAAGAUCCUCGUGUCCAGGGACAGUCUUCUUAUCACUGCCAUAUACGGUGUCUAUUACAUGAAUUUUAGCUGCCUCCAAGGGUCCCUAUCAACUCUUUUCAUUGACAUCUAUGGACUCUCGGAGCUCAAUGCAGGGUUGGUCUACCUACCCUUUGGUGUCGGGUCCUGUAUUGGCGCAUACUGCUCGGGAAAGAUCAUGAACCGCGACUACCACCUGACAGCUCGUGCGCAUAAUCUGGUGAUCGACACCAACCACGGCGACGACCUGACUGGGUUCCCUAUCGAAAAAGCUCGUUUCAGGAGUAUAUGGUACUCCAUCUGCGCAACAGGGAUCUCAACUGCCGGAUAUGGAUGGUCAAUACAGUCCAGAACUCUGUUCCCCUCGUUCUACAAUUUAUCAUAG